AUGCGCGCCGACGCCCGCGUGGCGCGUGCCCGAGGGCACGUCGCCCACGCUGGCACGGGGAAGACCAUGAGCGGGCGUAGCGAUGGGGGUGGCCUGCCACCGGUGCCGCCAGCCGAGCAGCAGCAGGUGCAGCAAACCAAGCCCCAGCAGCCCUCGCAAAUGCAGCGCCCGCGAAAGCAGACUGACGGCAAGGGCGGAUGGGACGACCUGCUUUCGCGCAUGACGCCCCAGCAAGAGGGCGACGCCGCUGACAUCACUCUGAUGUGCCUGUCCACGGCGGCGCUGGUGGCGCUGUCCAUGCAGAUGUACCGCGCCUACCUGCUCGCUACCAUGUACGCCGCCGAGAGGUUCUGA